CUGUGGGAGUUUCUGGAAAACCGAGUCGCCAAGCAGUUUUCAGUGGGGGAGAGGAGAAUUUAUUUCUCUGGUGGACAGGACACCAGGAUCCCUCCCUAAUGGCAUUGGCCCUCAGCUUCAGUCAGGUUCAGUAGCCUCUUAUUUGGUGGGAGACCAGAGGCAAGCAAGCAGGAAGUACAAGCAGAGGAGCAUGUACAUGGCAGUAAAGGAGUUCUGUCUAGCCCAAGAAGAUUCUAGCCAUGUCAGGCAGUGUAAGGAAAGCCACUGGGAGUGCCGGCAUGCCCACAAGGCUGGAUCCAAAUCUCAUAUCGGAUGACACCCAGAGCCCGGAUGCAAUCUUCCCAGCGGACCAAGAAGUCGUUGAUGUCAGUGGUGAGGACAUUACUUCCUCUGGAACAGAAGGGCAACAGGCCAGGAAGGAAAUACAAGAUUUAUUUGAAGAAUUUGAAGAGCCCAUUAAGAACUUCCUUGAGCGAAACAAAGAAAGAUUCACAGCGAUCAUUGCCGCGUCUUUUGAAACCAUGGAGCAAAAAGUUGAGGAUGUUCUAAAAAGCCAGUGUGAAGAGAGGCAGAAACUUUAUGAAGACUAUUCUCUUCAGUUUUUGAAUUUGGUUGUGAUGUGCAAUAUAGAUGCAGACGAAGUCAAGAAACAUGGAGAAAAUCUCUCCAAUAUGUUUAAUGAGCAACGGAAAUUUAUUCAUCAAACCCUGACUCUUCAGAAGAACAGAAUGGAAGAAAUUAAAUCAGUGUGUGAACAAUACUUGGAGGGUCACUCACCGAACCUGGAACUCACUUGCCACGUGGCUAGACUGGCUGUUCACCAGGUCCCUGGUGUGGCCUGCCCUACCCCAGUGGUCAUAGUACAGGACAAGCUACUCCAUCUCCAAAAGAAGCGGAAACUUGAGACCCUGAGGGAUUCCCAGGGAGAUUCUGUGGUUGAAGAGCUGAGACAUCUAAUAGCCACCUUGGAAAUAAAGCUUCUGAUGCUGAAUCGCCAGCAAGAGAGUGCUGCUGCUGACCAAUCUCUCCUGGACCUGUUAUUCUCAUAAUACUUUGAAGAAACAAAAGUUGAUACAAGGGGAGUGAUUGUCUCAUGGAAGUUUGCUGGGUGAAGCAGCUUGAUGUUUGCAGCUUCUACAACUACAUCUUCUGGUGUUCUCCUGUUCCUAAAGAUACCCUUUCUGUUAAAACGCAAAUAAACCCUAGGAUUUGUGUCACCUCGGUCCAAAGAUGGAUGUAGGGAGCCCCAGUCCUCGGGAAGUUAUGGCGAGUUUUUCCUGGUAGCAUCCUAAUUAAUGGUUAGCAGUGCAUGGAUACAGUGGGGUCUUACACCUCGGCAUCACUUUCCCAAAUUAGAAGGCACAAGUGUGGCCCUUCCUUGUCAUAGUCAGAGAAUUAGUUAAAGAAUACACAGAUGUGCCAUUACAUUCUGCUGUUAAAUUUCUUCAGUCAUGGAGCCUGUGGCACAGAACAUUCCAAAGAGAAUGUGCCCUGUACACUUUAAAAGACUGUGCCCCAGAAUUACUUAAAUUGGUAGAAUUCAUUGAACCUCUCGAGUAAAAGAGAUGUGAGUAAAGCAACAUGAGUUUGUGAAAUGUAUAUUUCAGAGGAAAUUUACAAGGCCUUUCAAUUAAAUGUGGUGUGGCGAUGUAAUGCCAUCUGCCUGUCACGUUAAGAGUUGAUUCAUAGCAUGUAUAUAGCUCAGUCCCUCAUGGCUUAUGUAUUUUGCACCUUGUAUGAAUAGGAGUAACUGACAAGGUUUUGCUCUUCAAAUUUAUUGUGCACGUAGUAUGUGAACAUCAGUGAUAUACAAAUUCUUCUGUAUGGAUAUGGAUAUGGAUAUGGAUAUAGAUCUACCUGCCAUGGGCAAUCUUUAGUUGGAAACCUUUGAUUUAAUAAACAUGAAAUUGUUUCAGA